AGCAACAGUCUGUUAACAUGAUUCACGAGAGGUGGCCAUAUUAUUUACUCUCGUAAAAUAAUAGUUAGCGAAACGUAAUGUGUAUUUAAAUUUAAAACUGUUUACGAAAAAUUCGGAACGUCACUGGUUAUUUAUUUUGGAAUUGGAAUACAAUGCAUAGUGAGUUAUAGUUCGAAAAUGUGUCAUUUUUUAACAAAAAAAAUUAUUAUCCGAGUUAUUUUACCUUGCACAUUGACGGUAUGUUGGGUUAUACUAUCAUUGAGUAAUUACACGAGCAUUCAUGGAGGAUUGGAAACAGUUUUAUCCUUAACUUUAAACCCUUACAACAGUACAGUACUUAUUGUACAAGAAAACUAUAACGGAACUGAAAGCUUCUUAAUUAAUACACCGGGAUGUUUUAUACCCAACUACGGGAAAACAUUGACCUUCAAGGAAGCUAAAAUAAUGAAUAAGUCAUGUGGAGAGAGAGCUGUAUUCGUAAAUAAACUAUCAAACGAUUAUUUUACAAUCGUAAUAAAUGAGGUAAAAUUUAAAAAGUACGGUAACAAUAGAAGUGGUUACGAAUGUUGCUACCAAUUCAUAACCCCUGGUGUCGUAUUAGGAAGAGAAGAUUACACAAAUAUAAGAUAUACGAACUGUGUUUCGUUCAAAAAUGGAAGUAAAAUACAACUUGAAGAAGAGAUGAUAGCGAUAAAUUGUGCCAUAUUUAAACCUCAAAAAGAGAUUAUCUACAGAGAUGUUUAUAUUCUAGUCAAGAAAAAGAAUAAUAAGACGGAGAAACAUAAUUAUCCUUGGAACGUCAUGGUGCUAGGAAUGGAUACGAUGUCUAGAGGUCGCUUCAUUAGCAGCAUGCCAUCAACGGCGAAAUAUUUACAAACACAUCAUUGGUUAGAUUUCCGAGGAUUUCAAAAGGUCGGAUACAACACGUUCCCAAAUGUAAUGGCCUUAAUGACUGGAAAAAACACAACGGAAGUGCAUAGGCUUUGCAAAAACGGCAUGGACAAAUGCAAUGAUGUGAUGCUGUGGAGUCAUUUUAAAAAAGCUGGUUAUUACACCGCUACUGGAGAAGAAUUCUUAAGACUACCAGAUACGUUUACAAGAUAUAACAGCUUUAAAACAUCCCCAACCGACCAUUAUAUACGCCCAUUUUUUCUCACAGGAGAAAACAUGAUUGGUAAUUUUAUUUGCGCUAAGAAACAACCUUCAGCAAAACAUAUGCUUGAUUACGCAUAUGACUUCGCCAAUAGUUACAGAAAAGAUAAUUUCUUCAGCAUGUUUUGGAUGAACUCUUUUAGUCACAAUUUAGAAAAUGUUCCCUCUCUAAUAGAUGCAGAUAUGGUGGAAUUCUUUAAGACUAUGAGUGAAAGCGGUAUAUUGAAUAAUACCUUCGUUUUCUUUUUAAGUGAUCACGGUAUUAGAUACGGCCGAAUGAGGCUUUCGUAUGAAUCUUAUUAUGAGGAGCGUCUACCGAUGCUAUACGUAUGGGUGCCAUUAGCAUUUCGAGAUGCCUAUACAGAAAUGUAUGAUAAUCUGAUCAUUAAUCAAAACAGGCUUAUUACUCCCUAUGAUGUAUAUGUAACUAUGUUAAGUAUUUUAGAUGUAUCACAAAAGAAAUCUCUUGCUACCUCAGAAGCAUGUCCAAAUUGUUCUAGUAUGUUCCACGAGUUAUCCCCAUACAGAACUUGUAGUGACGUCAAUGUAGAUGAAAAAUGGUGCAGUUGUCAUGACGUCACAGAGUCCAAAAAAGAUAAUCCAAUAGUUUUAAGCGCAUUACACACUGCCAUUGAAGAUAUACAAGAAAAAAUAAAGAACAUUAAAACAAAGCCUUGUGUUGAGUGCCAAAAUCUGAAAUUAAAAACGUUUGUUAGAGCUCACGAAUAUAAGAAAUCAGUAAAUGAAACGAUAUUUAUUUUAGCGUUCACAUUGACGCCCGGGGAAGUAUCAUACGAAGCUAAUAUUGCAUAUAAUGGUCGUCAAUUCAGUGUUUUAAAUUCUACUGAGACAAUAUCUACAUACAACACGAGAGGAAAUUGCGUAAAAAAUGCUGUAGAUCGUGCCUUUUGUGUGUGUAAAAAACAGUUACAUUGUAAAAAAAUAAAAACAAAAUUUAGUUACUUGGCUUAUUUUAUUUUUCCUCAUUCGAAAACUACUAGUUACAGAUGAGUCAUAAAUAUUGCA